UGUGUGAUCAUAGUUUUUGAAUUGUCAUAUUUCUUUGCUUAUUUUGAUGCAGCAACAUUGUUUGCCGGGUAAUUGAAGCUGAGGGGGUUUUAGGUCCUUUAGUUAGUAUUUUGAAAAGCUCAGGGAUAGCUGGAACCAUUGUGGAAAAGUCUUUGAACAUACUUGCUCGGAUACUAGACCCCAGUAAAGAAAUGCAAUUGAAGUUUUAUGAUGGACCAGCUGAUGGAUCUGAAAAGGCAUUUGGUGGAGUAAAAAGUGAUAGGUUUUCAACCGGGGAUAGUAGCACCAAACAAGUGGUAUUAAAAUCAUACACAAGGAAUGAUAUACUGGAUUCUGUUUUCAUUGCACACCUUGUUGAGAUUCUGAAGUCCUCUCCUCCCAGUUUACAAGAAAAAGCUGCAUCUGUGCUUGAGUUUGUGGCAUUGACUGACCCAACUCUGGCCCUAAGUACACUUUCCGAUAUUGAAUCUGGUCUCAAUUCUGUUUUUCAGCAAAAAAUUUUGAAAAUUUCAGGUAAAGCUGUUAUGUAAUUUGUGAUUUUUUUUAAGUGGUAAUUAUUUUCAUUUGUUUGGUUUGUUUUUUAUUUUUGGGUGUGGAUGCAUAAUAAGUACAUCAAAAUGACUAAACACCAUUAUUUGGGUUUCAAUAGAUAUGUGGUUUUUGAGAGAUGUGAAGGCAGGGCAAGAGAUGGAAUUGACUCUCCAUUUAACUGCUUUUAUUAUUUAAUUAUCUCCAACAAUAACUCGUGUUUGAUCAGCUGGUGAAUUACCAAGGCCAUUUGCCAUUGUUUGUUGA